ACCCAGAACAUAUUUUAUGUUUCUAACCAACUUGAUAUGAUUAUUGAUUAUUAUCUGUUUCGUUUUUAAACAAUACAAGUGUCAUUUGUUUAAAAAUUAUAUUGCAGUUACUCUAUCCCUAAUAUUUUUGGGUGAUCAGUAUUUGUAGUUAAAGGUCCAGAUACAUUGUUGACUUUAAUUUCCUUUCAAAACUUAUUUAAGCAAGUGUUUUUUCAUUCACUUUCAUAUUCCACACUCUCCUUAGAUCCUCUUACAAAGCUUUAUGAGGCAACUGGCUGUUUCGUCAGCAACAUCUUUUCCGUAAAAGUUUAUCAAUAUUCUCCAGCUGCAAUGAGUUUCCGUGUUAGUGACGAGCUCGGAACGAAUGAGAUGGACACUGCAAGCAGGUCUCCAUCACGUCGCCAGUCGGAGAACUUGCCUUAUGUCCACAAGGUGGGGGUGCCUCCGAAGCAGAAGUUGUUCAAGGAAUUCACGGAAACUCUGAAGGAGACUUUCUUUUCAGAUGACCCUUUGCGCCCUUUCAAGGACCAGCCAAGAUCGCGGAAGUUUGUCCUUGGCAUUCAAACUGUUUUCCCCAUUUUCGAGUGGGGAAGAAACUACAAUCUUUCAAAGUUCAAGGGCGAUCUCAUUGCCGGACUAACCAUUGCAAGUCUCUGUAUUCCUCAGGAUAUCGGAUAUGCAAAGCUUGCGAAUCUUCCUCCCCAAUAUGGAUUGUACAGUAGCUUUGUUCCACCUCUGGUUUACGCCUUUAUGGGUAGCUCAAGAGAUAUUGCCAUAGGACCAGUGGCUGUGGUAUCUCUCUUGCUCGGAACUCUGCUGGAGAAUGAGAUUGAUAGCAGUAACAAACUUGAUUAUCUGCGUCUUGCCUUCACAGCCACGUUCUUUGCUGGAAUCACUCAAGUCACACUUGGUUUUUUCAGAUUGGGAUUCUUGAUUGAUUUCUUGUCCCAUGCUGCCAUUGUCGGGUUUAUGGCUGGAGCUGCUAUUACCAUUGCCCUUCAACAGCUUAAGGGUUUGCUCGGCAUACAGCACUUCACGAAGAAGACUGAUAUUGUCUCUGUUAUGAAGUCAGUGUGGGGUACAGUAGACCAUGGGUGGAACUGGCAGACCAUUCUCAUAGGAGUAUCAUUCUUGGUGUUUCUUCUACUUGCCAAGUACAUUGGAAAGAAGAACAGAAAAUUGUUUUGGUUGCCUGCAAUCGCUCCAUUGAUUUCCGUUAUAAUCUCAACCUUUUUUGUGUAUAUUACCCGUGCUGACAAGGAUGGUGUUCUAAUUGUCAACCAUAUUGAACAAGGCAUCAAUCCAUCAUCCGUGAGAGAAAUAUUUUUCUCGGGUAAAUAUCUAGCUAAAGGUUUUAAGAUUGGCGCUGUGGCCGGUAUGGUAGCAUUGACGGAAGCCAUAGCAAUUGGAAGAACGUUUGCAGCAAUGAAAGACUAUCAGAUAGAUGGAAACAAAGAAAUGGUAGCAUUAGGAACAAUGAAUGUCAUUGGCUCAAUGACUUCUUGUUAUGUGGCUACAGGAUCCUUCUCUCGCUCAGCAGUGAAUUUCAUGGCCGGAUGCAAUACAGCAGUCUCCAACAUUGUGAUGUCCUGCGUUGUCUUACUGACGCUGUUAGUGAUCACACCACUUUUUAAGUACACCCCAAAUGCCAUACUCGCUUCCAUCAUUAUAUCUGCCGUGGUAGGGCUAGUUGACAUUGAUGCAGUAAUUCUCAUAUGGAAGAUCGAUAAGUUUGAUUUUGUUGCCUGUAUGGGAGCCUUCUUUGGUGUGGUUUUUGUUUCUGUUGAGAUCGGCCUCUUAAUUGCUGUAUCAAUAUCAUUCGCCAAAAUCCUCCUACAAGUAACAAGGCCACGGACCACAAUACUGGGGAAGCUUCCAAGAACUACUGUUUACAGGAACAUACUGCAAUAUCCAGAGGCAACAAAGGUUCCCGGCAUUCUGAUUGUGAGAGUUGAUUCUGCAAUAUAUUUUUCCAACUCGAACUACGUUAAAGAGAGGAUUUUGAGAUGGCUAAUUGAUGAGGAAGUGGAACUGAAAGAAAAUAAGCAGCCCAGAAUUCAGUAUCUGAUAGUUGAGAUGUCACCCGUUACUGACAUAGAUACAAGUGGAAUCCAUGCUUUGGAAGAACUACAUAGAAGUCUUCAAAAAAGAGAUAUUCAACUUGUUCUAGCAAAUCCAGGUCCAGUUGUGAUUGACAAGCUCCAUGCAUCAGACUUUGCGACCUCGCUCGGGGAGGACAGGAUCUUCCUCACAGUAUCAGAUGCCGUUCUAACGUGUGCUCCAAAGGAGGAAGAGGCUUGAAGGAAGUCAUCCAUGCAUCAAUUUUCGAUGACAAACGAAGGUUCAUCACGAGUCUUGAAGAGUAUCCUUUCAAUGUGGUUCGAUGUCACAAUCACACAUCCAGUUACAGGACGAUGACCGAACGAAGAGGUUGACAUAAGGAGAUUGGAAUUAACUUGUAAAUUACUGUAAAUAAUGGGGGCUUCGAGCUUUCGACGUGGUGGAAGAAUGUCAAUGUGUGGGAUGGUUGUGAAAUUUGCUGUACAGGGAUGAGCAUUGCAUUUGAUUGCCCUAUGUUUCUUUGUUUCCCAUUUGUAAUACCACUUUUAUCUUUUUUAGUGUAACUUUUGAAUGUUACUGAUUUAAUUGUGUAAAAUGUUUGUAUUUAAUACUAUUCUCUUGUCAACAAAAAAAUAGUGUAAUGCAAAG